AUACUCCAACCACUGCUUAGAUUUGGAUCGCCACAGCAGGAGAACAAGAGACGAGGAACCAAUCAACCAUGACUGCUAGCGUGGCGGAGCGCAGGAUAAAGAAAGAGCUCCAAAAGCUCAAGAAGGCUGGCGACGAGGUUGGAAUGGCCGUCGAACUCAAAGUAUCGUCGCGAAGGCUACUGAUUAAGGCUCCUACGGCGCCGCUGCACCCGCACAUUUAUACGAACGGACACAUCUGCUUGUCGAUCUUAUAUGAUGAGUGGAGCCCAGCGCUGACCAUCCAGAGCGUAUGUCUCAGCAUUCUGUCUAUGCUCUCCAGCUGCACAGUCAAGGAAAAACCAUCGGACAACGACGCGUACGUGAGGAAGAUUGGUCGUGGCUCUCCCAAGACCACCAUCUGGGCAUUCCAUGACGAUACCGUUUGAUAUCCCGGCGACGGUGUCCUCUCUC